GAGCAAGUUUAUUGGGGGUGAGGAUCAGAUAAGUUUCUUUAAACAUCUCAACUUUAGAAGGAAUCAACUGAGUAGUUUAUCUCCCCCGCACCGUGACUCCAGUCAAGGAGUGAAGAGCUCAGUCUUUCAAGCUUCAAGAGAAGAUACAGCAACACACCAAUAGCUAGGUGGCCAGUGGCAUCCCUAUAAAGUACCACCCGAUCAUAUGGGCAUUCAUUGGCUUUGAGUUUAAGGUCCAGAAUUUGGAAGCAAAAAUGAGUGAGCCGGUGAAGGUCCUGAGCGCUUUCGGCAGCAUAUACGGCCAUCGUCCAGAGGUGGCCCUGAGGAUCAAGGGCAUACCUUAUGAGCUGCUCCUCGAAGACCUUCCCAACAACAAGAGCGAGCUGCUGCUGACGUGCAACCCCGUCCACAAACUGGUCCCCGUGCUCAUCAUCGUAACAAGAUCUAUCUGUGAGUCGCUCAUCAUUGUCGAGUACAUCGACGAGGCCUUCGAGGGGCCGCCGCUGCUGCCGGCCGACCCCUACGAGAGGGCCACGGCCCGUUUCUGGGCGCAGUUCAUCGACCAAAAGUUUGCUAGGCCGUUCUGGAUGUCGAUAUGUAGGGCGGAUGGUGACAAGAAGGAGGAGGGGGAAUUCUUCAAGGAGGCCAAGGCAAAUCUGCUGCUUCUCGAGGGGCAGCUCAAGGGGAAGAGGUUCUUUGGAGGCGACUCCAUUGGCCUCGUGGACAUAGCUGCCAGUGGGUUGGCUCGCUGGCUCCAAGCCUUCGAGGAGUUCCCUGUUCUGCACCGGUGGGCGAAAGCAUAUGCCGGCGACGAGCGUGCUAAGGAGUGCCUGCCAAACAUGGAUGAACUGGUUUCCAAGUUCACUGCAGUGAGGAAGAAGUUGCAAGCAAUGGCAGAGGUUCAGAAGUGAUCCAGUGUUAUCAGUGCGAGGAUAUCAUGGUUAUGACAUAAAUCAAUCGUAUGGACAUGUUAAUGAUCAUGGUUUCCUGGGAAAAGGAACAAGCUACUUAAGUGUUGUGCCGGAUUUCUAUGGAGUACUACUACUGUGUAAUUCCCAUUUGGUUGUAACUUGUCUUGCUUUAUCAGAUACAGAAAUCUGUGAAGACAUGGCUAGUCGAUUGCUAGUAGAUUCUUAUGCAGGGUGCAGCCACCAUUGCUAGUAGAUUGAAACUGAUGCUCUGGUUUUAGAGUGCUGUUCACUUAUUUGUGACCACGAGUUCGUGUGUUGCUUUUUUUCAUUUGGGAUGUUAUUAUGUGAAGCUGUAUGUAAUUUGGAACUGCUGCACAAUCUGAUUGGAAAAAUGUCUAACUGCUCCC